GUGAUGGACCCGAUGAGAGCAGCGACUGGUAGCAUGAUAGCAUCCAAACGGGGCUGUGACGUGAACCACUGACGUAGGCGCGUUACCAGCCGAGCCCAGUCGCUCGUUCGUGACAACGACCCCCACCUUCUCUGCCCAGCCUGGAGACGGACCGGACCUUUGGCACCGUAGCCAUCUCGUUAACAUGGAAACAUGUAGCUAACUCGCACAAUUCGACGUCUUUCGAAGCCAAGGAGGGUUCGCCGCUACGCGAAACGCUAAGCAGCGAUGGGCGGCCACGAUGAUGACGACACGAUGCCGUAUGUGGGCAACAAACAGCACGACAAAGAGCUGAAGAAGAACAAACUCAAUGAUUGGUGCGAGCAGGAGUCAACGGGCAACAAUGCCAAGUGGCGCAAGGAGGGCCAGAACCAGUUGCGUAAAGUGAGCGAAAACCAGCAGGAGCAGGACCACAACUGCAACAUUUCUCAAAAUGGCAACCUGGAGGAGGAGCGCGAGGAGUCCCCCAAAGUAGCCACCCGGGAGGAGGCCAAUAACAUCCUCAAUGAGCCGCUCCUCAUCCACACCGCCGAUGAUGAUGAAGAGAAGGAGAGAGAAGAGGAGGACAAGGGCGAGAAGUUGGAAGAAGCGGCUACAGAUUGGGAGAAGGCCCAGUCAGGUGGAGGAAUAGAAGGUAGCGUCCCUGGGAGGAAUGCGUGCCUCCUUUUCGCCAAUGUCAACGCGUCCCCGAGCGAUGACGAGGCCAACUGGCCUGCCGCCGCUCAAGACAAUGUUACUGAUGCUACUUCUCCCAACGGCAAUAGAGACUCCUUUUGGGACUCCAAUGCCUUUGAGACGGACACUGACCUACCUACCGGCUGGAUGAGAGUGCGUGAUACGUCGGGCACAUACUACUGGCAUAUUCCCACCGGCACCACACAGUGGGAGCCCCCCUCACCCCUGGGGAAGAUUGACGACUCUGUGCUGUCGUCCACCAUGUCACUGGAGACCACCCCAUGCGAGGAGCCUGAGGAAACCUGGGGUCAGUUUUCUAGCACAGAAGAAAGCGCUGAUGGAGAGCUGUGGAAGGAGGAAGGAGAGGUUACGUCCGAUCAAAGCCUGCGAGAGUUUGAGGGAGCAACUCUACGUUAUGCUUCAAUCAACCUCAACUACAACUGCUCCCAGCCUGAGGAUGAAGAGAAGAUGAUUCCACCCUGCACAGAUUUAGAAAGCAAGUGCUUCGCAGUGCGUUCUUUGGGCUGGGUGGAGAUGUCUGAGGAAGACAUGGCGCCCGGCAAGAGCAGCGUGGCAGUCAACAAUUGUAUUCGACAACUCUCGUACCACAAACACAACUUGCACGACACCGCCGGGAUCUGGGGAGAGGGUAAGGACAUGCUGAUGGUGCUGGAGAACGACACCAUGAACCUAAUCGAUCCACUAGGUCAGACGCUGCUCCACACGCAGCCUAUCGGCAGCAUCCGUGUUUGGGGUGUUGGCAGAGACAAUGGCAGGGAUUUUGCUUAUGUGGCUCGGGACAACCUGACGCAAGUCCUUAAGUGUCAUGUGUUCCGCUGCGACUCGCCCGCCAAGAACAUCGCCACCACUUUGCACGAGAUGUGUUCCAAGAUAAUGAUGGAAAGAAAGGCAUCAAAGUCAGGCUUGAGUCGUCUCAGCUCGGACACAGGGAAACCUUUGUCGGUGGAAGAGUUUCCAGCUCCCAAAAAUGAACUUUUCCAGCGCUUCCAUGUGUAUUACCUUGGUAGUGAGCCUGUGGUGAAGCCUGUGGGUAAGAAAAGAAUCAUUUUCUACAGUACUCAUCAGAUCUUCAUCCUCACAUUAUAUAACCAGAGGAAAUUCUUUUCAGGUAUGGAUGUGAUCAAUGACGCACUGGAGGCGGCUGUAGAGGGCAAAGACAAGAAUGACUGGACGCCAGUUUCUGUCAACGUGGCGCCUGCGACGCUCACCAUACUUGCAAAACAGACUGAAGAAGUGCUGUCAGAGUGCCGGGUGCGGUUCCUUUCCUUUAUGGGCGUGGGCAAAGACGUGCGCACCUUUGCAUUCAUAAUGGCGGAUGGCCCAAGAGACUUCACCUGCCACAAGUUCUGGUGCGAGCCCAAUGCUGCCAGUCUCAGCGAGGCCGUCCAGGCCGCCUGCAUGCUACGCUACCAGAAGUGUCUGGACGCCCGUCCGCCCAGCCUUGCGUCCUGCUUGCCCACACCGCCCACAGACUCUGUGGCCCGACGCGUCAAGAAGGGCGUGCAGAGUCUGCUGGGGAGCUUCAAGAGUUACAGGUCUGGCUCUCAGUCGCCUUGAGGUGCCCCAGCCUUCCACACCAGGAAGGUUCAAGCAAAGCAUCCACUCCUCAUUCUCUUUCUUUGUCACUCUCUUACUUCUACUCUUGUCCUGUCAUGUUGUGAAGUAGCUCGUGGGGAAAAUGUGCAACAAUUUUACUUACCCAGUCUUUUUUUUGUUCUUCCCUCUCACAUUACUGUCCUAAUAGAUGAAAUUCCAGCAUUUUUGGGAUUGUUUUAUGUGAUUCUUAACUAUAUUUGUGUUUUAACAAACAACGGACGGAAUGUUGGGACGUAAUGUAUGUCAGAUGCUAAAAGAUGCUCAAACGGGCGCCAUCGAUUGUUUCACACAGACACACACACUAAGUUGAUAAUCACCACCUUACACAAUAGAAAUAAAAUGACAAAAAAAAAAUACAAGAAAUUUAAAAAAAGUUUUGCCUUGCACAUGCAAUGCGAUCACUCCUCUUGCCAGUUAUUAGUCAUAACCAUCACUGCGCACAAUACAAUUGUGCUGGAAAACUCAGCCUUGCACAGCCACAUGUACCAUCUACACCCCAUAUAAUGAAUGCAGUCACUCCACUUGAAAGUUAUAAUUACUGCCACUUUUCACAAUAGAAAUCUAUAUAGGCCUCAUGAUAGAAAUAAUCCAGUGAGUACACACACAGAAAAAAUAAAUAUGGCAUGCUUGGUCACAUAAUUGGCCACAUGGGAAAAGUACCGCUCCUCGGUCCUCCAAGGGGCGCACAAUGUAAAUUCGCUUGCGGAGUAACUAUUCAGUCAUUUUCACUGUAUUACUAAUACAUACCUUUACAUUUUACUAAAAUAUUUGUGCAUGACAAUGGUCAACAAAAGAGAUUGUUGUAUUUGACUCAAACAUCUUAAUUUUUUUUCUGUAAUCUAGUUUUUAUUUUUUGAAAUCAUGAUUAAACAUUUUUUGUGCAAUGCAAAAAUUAUUGCAAAAAUAUAUUUUGAACAAAGUGGCUUGAUAGGUGGCACUAAAAAUAGCCCAAACUCAAAAUAAUAUCUGUUAUGCCGUGGUUGAGACUGGUGCUUCUCAAUUAUUUUCUGUUAUAUUUAAUAUAUUUGCUGAUAUAACUUUGCAAAGUAUUUAAAAGAUAAAACUGUUAUUGGUUGAAAAUAAAUUAAGAAUCUGAAUAAAAUACAACUAAUAUACAGUGUACCACAAAAAAGAGUACACCCCUCACAUUUCUGCAGAUAUAUAAGUAUAUCUUUUCAUGGGACAACACUGACAAAAUGACACUUUGACAAAAAAUAACUCAAAAUAUAGCCAUUAAUAUCUAAACCCCUGACAACAAA